UAUUACUGUCAAAAGUCAAAACAAAGUCCAAAAAAUGUGCUGAAAUUAAAGAAAUUGCCGUGAAAUCCAAUAAAUAUGGGAAAUCCUGUAAUAAAUCAAUUUCACAUAAAUUUUAAGGAUAUAGCUAUUGAUGAAAUAGCCCUGGAAGGGUUAGAUGGGAUCGAUGUUGAUUUGUUUUGGCGCCGAGUGGAAAAAAGGUGCUCAUCCAGUUUGAGUGAAAAACUUAAAACUCGCAUUUUGAAUUUCCUUCUUGUGAAUGAUCAUGUAGCUUUUUAUAAGCUACCAUCGCCGCGCGAACCUUUGGAAAUUCGAGAUAGGUUUAGCACAAUUGAGGAAACAUCAGGCAAUUUAAUUGAACCUCCGGAAUGCUUUGACGGUCCCUACGAGUACUGUCCAGUGCCAGCUGCUUAUGGAUCUUGUAAGGAUUACAAUGAAAGGGUGUUGAUACCAAAAGAGGACCUAAAAUGUCGCAUACUCACAGCAGUUGUGGAGGAAUAUGGACAGUGCCUGGUGAUGGUGGCAUCAUUGGAGGAGCGAUGGCGGGCCCUGGCUCCUCAGCUCCCUAUAUCACAGUUGAAAUCAUUGAACCUCACCCAUUAUUGCCUAUUGGAACUCAUUGGCAAAAGCAGAGAAAAUGGUCAGAUGUCUGCUGGAAAUUCCAACCUCCUGAAGAUAGUGAAGGAUCCAAAGUUCCUCUUCUACAACAGGAAACAACUAGUGAAGCUGGGCCUGAUCAAAGUGAACUGUGUGCCGCAAGUGUCAGGGAACAGGGGGGCCAAGGCUAUCCUUCUCAGUUUAAAAAGGUUUUACAAAUCAAGGGUAGCAAUGAUUCCAAGACAUGGCAUUAUUCACAACAUUAUACAGUACCUGAAAGAGAAACCCGAUUUCACUGAAAGAACUGAUGUUUUAGUGAAAAAGAAAUUAGCCAGCCCAUCAAAUAUCAAGAGGAUGAAAAAGGUUUCACAUUAUUUUCUUGUUGAAGACAAAGAUUCAGAAAGGGACGGAUCCGAGCCAGUUUCUAAGAAAAGAAGACUAUCUGAUUUAUCUCCACUAACUCCCAAGAAGUACCUUAUUCUCAACAUACAGAACGAAGAAUCUUCCGCAUCCGAAGACGAAUCGCCCCCUGAAGCACCCUUAAAAUGCCAGUACAGUGUAGGUGUUAACCUGUUGAGGCAAGCAUACGAGAAGUUUAUAGAAGCAGGGAUGAACGGGCUCACUCAAGUGCAACUUGGGCAGGUGCUCGGGAUAGAGUUCUACACUUGCAGGUCUAUAUGCAGGAUGUUCAAGGCCAGGAAUAUUGUCAGGGAAGUGCUGGAGGAUCGCGGGAGGCAGAGGACUGCUAGGUACAUAGCAAGAGCUUCAAAAGGGACUACGGACCAAAGUUUCGCUGAAGAGAAACAAAAAAUGUUGGACUACAUCCACAAUGCCAGUCUAAAUUUGUCCACACAAAACUGCUCCGACGACGGAGAACCGGUAGAAAAGAAACUAAAAACCGAAGGCAUUGACGAAGCAAAGAUCAUAGAAGUACCUUACACCAGCAACCCAAGCAAUCCGGGAUUCUUGCAAGCACUGAACUCAAAGAAACCCCCAACGCUUAGACAGCUCAAAUACGCUAACGGCAUACUGAAAGUGACCAGAGAGCGGCUUUCAGUGACGGGAUACCAGACGCUGAGUACUAUAGUAGCGGAGGAGAUCAAAGAGCCUCGUCUCGAUACUAAGGCUCUGGCCACACUGGUGCAUAAACUUUUCGCCGAGAAGCAAGUGAAGCUGUUCAAGCUGGCCUGGCCCGGCCACCACCAGCGCUACUCCAACCUCAUCUGCGCGCCGCACAUCACGGCCACGCAUGACGUCAUCACCAGGAAGUACAGAGAGAUCUGCAUCCGAUCAUACAUCAACAAGGAGGUCAAGACACCUAAAGUGAAAAAGGAGGUGAAGACAGUCGAGCAGUUAGGACGACCGUUCAAGCUAUACGCGUACCCGAGAUACAUGAAAGUGCGGAAGCUUCACGAGUUCAUCUGCAAACUGGUGUACUUCAGGGACAAUCCAGGGUUUCCGGAUCUGCCGCCGGGGUUCGCGUCGCUCAUACACAUGAUACCGGAGAUGUCGGUAGAACUGGCCGUUGGACACAUCAGCUCGACUGCCAUGACUCAGAUCCUGCCUCUGCGGCUUACAGAAGCCAUCAUGGGACAGAAGCUUCGGGAAGUCCCCCAAUCCAUGUACAAGACCAUACUGCAGUCGAAGAGUCUACAAACGUGUUUACGCGCGACCCUCGCAGUACUGUCGUCGUUCGGGCUGAUACAGCUCUGUCUACCGCAGGCUAUAGCCGACCACCACAGCGGGUUACUAAAGUACAUCUUCUACGUAAACCGCAACGCUAAACUUCUCGACACCACGGGGACCUGGCCCAGAGACGUGGACCCGAAGACCAUAGAGAAAACCUUCAAGUUCGAUACUCUCGAUGACGUUGUGACAUACUGGGAGAGUCUGUUCGACAUAUCGCUCGGGACGAUAGUACUGGACCGGGAUAAGAGCAAGCAGAUGCCGGCGGCCAGGAUCAGGAGCCUGAAGGAUGUGGAGAAGAACGAUGACGGCUCAGUGUACGGCGACGGCGGCGGCCCGGCCGGCCUCGACUCCACAUACUACCUGGAACUCCAGCGGCAUUGGGAGACCAUGCACGUCGUCAACUACAAGAAGACAACCCUACAAGCGCUCAAACUCAAAAAAGCCAAGAGAUUAGCAGCCAAAAACAAAGAGAAGAAACCGGCUAAGAAGCCAAUCAAACCGGCGAAGGUCAAGCUGGUCGCGUCGAAGAAACCAGCCGCGAACCUGAAGAGAAAACGUUUACCGGAACGCGUUCUCAAAUGGACGAAAAACGAGGACUACAUGCUCUUGCUCUGUAAAGCGGCGCUCACCAUAAUGAGUCCUAAUUCCCAACCAGGCUGCUUGACAGUUCGGAACCUGGUUGCUAAAGACAUUCUAUCAGCACACGACCCGGGGAAGACCGCUAGUUUUUGCCACAAGCGGUCAGUGAUGCUGGAGAGCAACUCGACUCUGACCCACGAGCGCGAGUGUCUGGUGAGUGAGCUGCGGCGCCGCCCGCACCUCGCUUCACGCUAUGAAAACCGCCUCAAGAAGGUCCGUCUGGCCCAUUCCCUCAACAUGGCUAAAUUCAUCAACUCGGCUCGCCUGCCCGCCAUGGAACUAGUCCACAUCCUGCUCCAGAUCUCCCGGAGCAAGUCCUACACGAAGCGAGUGCCCUGCGUCGCUCUCAACCUCGAGGAGUUCAACCAGAAUUACGACAUCACCAUGUCCACCAGCCAAAAGGCGUUCAACCUCUACCGGACGUCGCCGGACUGCUCCGAUGAAGUCACGACGCUGAAAGAGUCAAUCAUCAUGGCUCUGGCAUUCAAAGACGAUGAGAACGUGAAAAAGUCGGAAAAAGUUUACACCUUCCUGGAUAAGUAUUCGGAGACUCAGCUACGGACGGCCAUUGAGCAUCUGCGCAAAAGCAGCGCCAUCUCUGUCAAAGAGAAGUCGCUCAACAAUAUCCUGAACAGAUUCUCGUUCUCGGAUAUGGUCAAGACCACGUCAUCGUUCAAAGCGACAAUGAGCACGUACAAGUUUUCUGCCGCGUAUCAGCGUCGACAGAUCUCGAAAUUGAACUCGGAAUUCGUUGACCAAGUGGCGAAUAUCUUGAAUGAAGAGUUGCCAACAAAGCCAGGUGGUUCCCCGGAAAUGAACUGCGUUGUGUGCGAACUACUGGUUUCUAAUGAAGUGGAGUUGGUCACAGAAUCCAGUCCCUACAUAACUGGGUCGUCAGGGACGUUGCUGAAUGAAAACAACCUGAAUAACAUAGACAUAGAGGCGCAUUAUAAGCUGAAACUGGGAACGGUUCAGUGCGUCGGCAAGAAAGAUGUGAAAGUGUAUGCGGAAAUAUUUCCCGAGGUUGACUAUGCAGGGAUUUUGGACUCCCUUGUCAGUGAUGCUACGAUCCGGAAAGCGAAAACGAAAAAGAAGCAUCAGGAUAAAAUUAUUGAUAUCUUACAAGAGAAAAAAGAAAAUGGGUGCACAUUUAUGGAGUUAAAGAAUCUUACCGGACACGAUACGAAGACGCUCGUCGCGAAGCUACAGAAGAUGGAAACAAACGGUAUUCUGAAACUGGUCGGCUUCUACGAAAACCUGUUAGUUCUGACCGAAUUCAUUAAACCAUGGUCUGUUCAAAAUCUGGACGAACACCGCGUCAUACCGACGCCCUGGCUCUCUUUAGAGGGGAGAAUCAAUAAAAACCUCUUCCUAAAAUGGUGCGGCGUGAUCCUAAAUAAAGUGUUUGAACACCCAGCUAUAUCCAUUCAGACCAUAUCCGAAGACAUAGAGUUUAUAUCCUCACGAAGCGUACAGGAUGUGUUAAUGUUUCUGGAGCGAAGUAAGCUGGUGACGUUGAAAGUGAUGACAAUGUCUGAGCCAGAUUUGUUCUCGGAAGAUUUGCUUAUCAAAGAGGAAGAGUUUUAUAAAUACGCCUCCCCGCAAGAUAUAGUGGCGUAUCCUGCGAAAGACGCGUUCACAAAGUAUGCUUGUUUAAGAAAAGCCAUGUUGAGUUAAGUAAAGUUACAUUAGUUAGACAAUAAAAGUUAUUUGAUUUUAAUGUUAA